AUAUCAAGUCCCUGUGUUAUCACAGCAACAAUAUCAAGUCUCUAUGUUAUCAUAGCAACAAUAUCAAGUCCCUAUGUUAUCAUAGCAACAAUAUCAAGUCCCUGUGUUAUCAUAGCAACAAUAUCAAGUCCUUGUGUUAUCACAGCAACAAUAUCAAGUCUCUGUGUUAUCACAGCAACAAUAUCAAGUCCCUCUGUUAUCAUAGCAACAAUAUCAAGUCCCUGUGUUAUCAUAGCAACAAUAUCAAGUCCGUGUGUUAUCACAGCAACAAUAUCAAGUCCCUAUGUUAUCAUAGCAACAAUAUCAAGUCCCUGUGUUAUCAUAGCAACAAUAUCAAGCCCCUGUGUUAUCACAGCAACAAUAUCAAGUCCCUGUGUUAUCACAGCAACAAUAUCAAGUCCCUCUGUUAUCAUAGCAACAAUAUCAAGUCCCUGUGUUAUCAUAGCAACAAUAUCAAGUCCGUGUGUUAUCACAGCAACAAUAUCAAGUCCCUAUGUUAUCAUAGCAACAAUAUCAAGUCCCUGUGUUAUCAUAGCAACAAUAUCAAGUCCCUGUGUUAUCACAGCAAUAAUAUCAAGUCCCUGGGUUGAAGUAGAUAUAUACAUAGAUAUAAAUAGCAUAUUUUAG